AUGCUACGCCAGAACACUGCGGAGAUUUACAACAAGCUGGCCGCCGCUGAAAGGGCACAAGGAGACUUGAAAGUGACCAUGGAGCAAAUGCAUCGCGAAAGGCUGUCGGCUUUCAGGAGGGAUAUUGAAGCACAACGCAGGGAGAACAGGGUGAUCAGAGAAAAGAUCAGCACACUGCAAGCAUCACAGGAUCAGAGAUCCAGUAAACCUUCCGCCGUACCAGUAUAUUCACAAGCUCUAUCACCCCUUUCGGAAAAGCUCGAGGUCCAAAAUUCCAAGCUGGGUGCUGCUAAGGCUCAUGUGCAGGAAAUGGAAAAAGCACAUGAUCAAGGAAGUCUGGAUAUGCGUGGGCCUAAGUAUGCGUCUCUACUGGAGCAGCUCGAACAGCGUCGACGAGAGCUGUUAAUUGUCCAAAGCAAUAUUAGGGGUAUGGGGCAAGGUCAUGGACAGCGAUACGGAUGCGAUCUGGAACCGAUGUACUCGGGGAAGCUUCUCGCGCAGCUGGAGGGUUUGAGCAUCUAA